CCAAAAACGUUCUUGACAUACUGUUUUCGAAUAUCAUUGAAAUCAACGUCAGUUAGAAUAAAAUUUGGGAUUUGAAUUCACCGGAUCUCGAAAAGCAAAUACUCAAUCAGAUGCAAAUGAUGAUGACCAAAUGCGCCAGCCUUUUCGCAACGCCUCAGUAUAUAUAACACUCCUUCUGGUCAUCGAGGCGGUCAUCGGAUUGCUAUUAAUCUCCGUAACGGCCUAUUAUCACGCAAUACUCACUGGCUAUUUGUCUGAGAUUGAGUGCCGCUUGGUCCACGGUUAUCUGCUGAAUAUCUAUAUAUUUGGGGCACAGCUGAUUCUGACGUUCCUGUGCAGCCUGUCCAUGUGGAGGCGCUUGUGGAAGCGUCGUUGCACGCCCAACAUUCAAUUGCUUCUGUCCAUUUGGCUAUUCUAUUCCUGCAUCAUCGUUGCCUCCGGCUUGGGGACUGUUUGGAAUGUGUACCGCAGCGCCAAAGUAUUUGAAAAUGGAGCCGAAACGUCUCUGAUCCGAGGCAUCGAUAUGUACUACUCGUGUCCGGAGUGGAAGCUACUGUGGGAUGGUCUGCAACUGCAUAAAGAGUGCUGUGGCGUCCACAGCUACAAGGAUUGGAUGGAUGCCGACUGGAUGCCCCAGCAGCAGGACAGCGAUAACUGCUCGAAAGCAGGCGGUACCAACGGCAUCCUGGCUCCCUACACAUGCUGCAAGCGAGGCUGCGCGAGUAGCACGAACCAGGAUAUGCCCGGAGAUCAACAGCAGGGCGUUAGCCAUAACCAGCAACCGUUUCCCUCCUUCACGCUGGACUCCAUCCACACCAACGGCUGCCUGCCCGUGUUCUGCAAAGCCCUGUGGCGGUUCCUGUACAUUCUGCUGGGACUGGCGCUGCUGUCCCUCAAAUUUCUGAUCAUGCUCUGCUUUGUGACCAAAUUCAUAAUGCAACGUCAGAACGAGAACGAUGGCUGCUGCGACAACGUGGGCCUCACAGAUGAUGACGGAUUUCCGUUGGUCGUUGUGAAAUACCCCUCAAAUGUGCGUUGCCUAGUGAUUGGUGAGGAGGAUCUGGCUUCCGACGUGGCGCCCGAUGCCCACUAUUGCCUUUGCGAUGAAUCAGCGGAGGAUGAUUGUGAACAUUAAACAUUAAGUUGCUGUUUAAGUUUUGUUCUUAUAUUUUAUAGUUAUGUUAUAGACAAUUGUAAUUGAAUUC